CUCGCGACGAAUCAAUCAUUCACAUGGACAUGUUGUGUUGCUAAUUUAUGUACUGUGUAUCUGACGUUACAACGUACUUUGGACGUUUUAGGGGUACUGUGAGCGAGGUGACAUGUACUGUAUCCCGGCGCGGCCGGAAUACCGUGGAAUACCGUGAUUCUCAUGAGCUGACUUAUCAGAUCAUGAGCGAGCCGGGACCCGGACAUUGAUAUCAUGGACUGAUUUAUAAGGACGCAUUGAUAUACAACUUCCGAUGUGAUACGAUCAACAGCUCAAGCGCUCACCAUGUCUCCCAAUGCCUUUAGACAGAUCGUCCUCCGCGAACGCCCCGUCGCAGACAUUCUCCCAGAUACGUUUGAGUCCAAGACGAAGGCGUUCGAUGAACUCCAUGUCGGCAAGAGUCAAGCUCUAGUCCAAGUCACGUACCUUUCACUGGACCCUGCCAUGCGUGGAUGGAUCAAAGACAUGCGAAGCUACCUCCCUCCAGUAAAAAUUGGGGCGGUGAUGCGCUCGGGCGGGCUUGGAGUCGUAGUGAGCGUGGGCGAGGGGAGCAAGUUCCAGACGGGAGACCUGGUUGCUGGAAUGUUUGGAUGGACAGAGUAUGCGGUUAUGGAUGACAAGUCAAUAGAGACGAUCUCGCCACCUCCGGGAUCGACGUCCAUGGACUUUUUGAAUACUCUGGGCAUGACAGGCAUGACUGCAUACUUUGGCCUUCACAAUGUCGGUGAGCUGAAAGCCGGUGAAACACUAGUCGUAUCCGGUGCUGCUGGUGCAGUCGGUGCCCUCGUCUGCCAGCUCGGAAAGCGGGCUGGCGCACGUGUGAUUGGCAUCGCAGGUACAGCGGACAAAUGUGCCUGGCUCGAGGGCGACUUGGGCGUAGACAAAGCGCUCAACUACAAGAGCCCUACUUUCCGUGAGGAUUUCGCGAAGGCUGUUGGGUACCUGGACGUGUACUUUGACAACGUUGGAGGCGAGAUACUUGAAUUAGCGCUCUCGAGGUUGAAUCAAAAUGCGAGGAUUGUUUUGUGUGGGGGUAUAUCCUCUUAUAAUGAUCCACAACCCAAAGGUCUUAGGGGGUAUCAGACGUUAAUCGCGCAACGUGCCAAGAUGCAAGGUUUCAUCGUUUUCGAUUACGUCAAGCAGUAUCCAGUGGCCGUCAAGGAGAUAGCAGCCGGACUUGCUGAUGGAUCGAUCAAAAGCAAAUUCCACAUCGUCGAAGGUCUCCAGAAUGCUCCGAGUGCGCUGCCUAUGCUCUUCUCUGGGGCGAAUGUGGGAAAGUUAGUUGUUAAAGUUUCGGAUGAGCCUUCUAUGAGUCCGAAGCUGUAGAUCGGGAUUCCCCCUUUGUUUGGGACCCUGCUUUACAUCUUGCACUCAGUCACACUGGUGAACCGAACUAUCCAUAAUUAAAAUUGGCUAACUUUAUUAGUAUCUGUUGUAUUCUAUGGUAUCCGGUAUACUGGUAUUAUCAGUUCUCCUGCCACUGCUCGCUACGGUGCAUCGUCGAUAACGUGAAGAAUACCCACUGUCACUCGGCUCAACAAAUUAUAGAUAUGCCAGGCGUGGCAACAGGUGGUAGCUUGAUGAGUAUGCACUGCGGGCACGAACUUGCU